AGAGAGAGAGAGAGGCCCCGGAUGUGGCCUCAAGGCAGCAGCAGCAGUUCAGCAGACACAGCCAUGGCUAACAUCGCGGUCCAAAGGAUCAAGCGGGAGUUCAAAGAAGUUCUCAAAAGCGAAGAGACUAGUAAAAACCAGAUAAAAGUAGAUUUGGUGGAUGAGAACUUCACAGAGCUGAGGGGGGAGAUAGCAGGUCCUCCAGAUACACCAUAUGAAGGUGGCAGAUAUCAGCUUGAAAUAAAAAUCCCAGAAACCUAUCCUUUUAACCCGCCAAAGGUGCGUUUCAUUUCUAAGAUCUGGCACCCUAAUAUCAGUUCUGUGACAGGAGCAAUAUGUCUGGACAUUUUAAAAGACCAGUGGGCAGCUGCUAUGACCCUGCGGACGGUGUUGUUGUCUCUACAGGCUCUCCUCGCUGCAGCAGAACCAGAUGAUCCACAGGAUGCAGUAGUAGCAAACCAGUACAAGCAGAACCCAGAAAUGUUCAAACAGACGGCAAGGCUGUGGUCUCACGUCUAUGCAGGCGCUCCUAUCUCCAGUCCCGACUACACACGCAAAAUAGACAAACUCUGUGCCAUGGGCUUUGAUAAGAAUGCAGUAAUAGCGGCCUUGUCUUCAAAAUCCUGGGAUGUGGAAACGGCGACGGAGUUGCUCCUCAGCAACUAAACGCCAGGUGUGAGGAUCCCAAACUCCCUUCAUCAUAGCAUCAGCUCCUCCCUGGCAUCCAUUCCACCAUUGCCUUUUGUUACACAGAAAACCCCCCCACCUUCCCCCCAUUCGCCACAGCAGUCUGAGCCUUCUUUUAUAACAAGUUUGUUUGCUACAAACUCAACAACAGUAGCGCCGCAAUCGCCAAUAUGCACAACACCCUGUUGCCUGUCUGACCCCCAUCUGUCCAUUACGCUGUCUUUUCUUCCACUAAGUCAAACUGUGUAUCCUCGAAAUAAGCCACCAAAAGCUUUCAAUCAUUCAUCUUGUCUUCUAUGCUCUUUAUUCAUAUUGGCUCUGAAACCUUUUCUUUUUUGCAAAUUUCUGUUCCUAAUAUUGCAAAGAAUCAAAUAACUGCCAUUUCCUGGUAGAUUGUCCAGGGUGAAAUGUGAAGGAAAUCUGCAUACAGCUCUCAGUAAAUCACCAUUUACUCCCUGCUUAGACCUUAUGUCAGAUUAUUCUCUUUUAUGGACAUUUGAUAAUAUAAAGGUCUAGCUGGAUUAAAUGUACUCGACUGGAUAGUGUUCUGCAAUGAACAGUGUAAUGGAUUGUUCCUGAACAGUUUAUCAUAGACGCUUCAAUCACCUGCAGAGUUUUUCUCUCUCUGCAGAAUUAGAAAAGAUUACCCAAACAUCCUCAAAGAAGAAAAAAACGUUAUCUGUAAAUAGAUGUGUGUAAAUUUGAAAAUACAAUGGGAUUACACUUUUUUUUUUUUUUUUUCUUCUUACAUGGCAUUUUAAAACAAAUUAUUUUAAAUAUAAACUAUGCCUAGUUUACAAUUAUAUGGAGAUAUGUUUUUUAAUGCUUCUGUGAUCCAUGAGAAAUCCCUGUUUUUUUUUUUCUUUUUAAGAUUGUUGUUUAGGGAUGAUACAGCCACAAUCCUGGCCCUAAUGGGACAGGAGGUGACAGCCAGCUCAGGCCCUUACAUCCAACCUUUUCUCGUCCUUGCAUGUUCUAUGCUGCCUUUUUAUUUGGCCAAAUUAUGUGGUGAUGGGGGGGGGGGGGUGUUUGGUUCAACCUCCCUUCAGACUUGUGGAACUCGCGAGAGUCUUUCUAGUUUGUGGAAAGAGAAAGAUAUCUGUAGUGAACCAAAGCCUUUUCUGUUGAGCAUGUUGCUGGGAAAUAUUCUCUUCUGCUCUGAACAGAUCCACCUGGCACCAACAGGGGACACACCUCAAGAAGAAAUGAGUGAUUCGGAAUGUCAUUAAGGAUUUUGAGUUCAAAGUGCUGUUUUUAUUUAUUUAUUUUUUUCUAAACUGAUUUCAGAGCAAUCAUUCUCAACCAUAGGCACGUUGCAUUCAACCACUGGUUAAGGGAUCUGCUCACCCUUUCAGUCCUGAUGUUGAUCAUUAAGAGGGGGAGCUUUAUCAGAAUCCCUGAUCCAAUCCAGCAGUACGCAAUCAAAACUUUGGCCAUAUAUAGAGGGGUAUAGGUGACUUCCUAUAUUACCAAACAUGCUUUACUAAACAGCCAAAUAAAAUACUCAUUGAGGUUGUCUAUGAACAAUGUCUAAUGAUUAGUAAGAGGCUGGAACUCCUCUGAAGCAGAUAGCAGGCCUGCACAGUGUUUUGAUUUGAGGUACACAGACUGUAAAGAAAUGCUUCAUAUAUGGAGAAGUGGGGUGUUGAUGAAUCCUUACACAUGGCCUUUAAAAUAAAAAAUAAAAAUCUUCCUUUUGCUUGUCCUCCAGCCUGACUCACAUCAAGAUGUUGGCUGCAAAUUACAUUUGCUGCCACUAGGGUGCGUCUAGAUUACUAGGCUAGCAUAUUGCAGUAUUACAGUUAUCGUGCACAUUGUCCACAGAUGGUGAAGUUUAACAGCCAGAGCCCCAAAAAGAAAAGUUCAUAGUCAAAAGUAGAAGGCACACGCCAUCUCCUUCACUUGUAAAUAGUCCAGUUCUUGAUAAAGAGCCUUCUCAUUUUCACUGGAGUGCACCAUUGAUGGCUGGAUCUAUAUUUUGUAAGAAAAAUGAAAAGUGGCCCCCCUCCUCCCCAGUGUUCUCACUAUGUACAAUAUUGCACGAUGACGAAGCAUAGAAUAAGGGGCUGUUGCAUCUCAGUUUUUCCAUUUGGAUUGAGACUUAUUUUCCUCUUUUGUUUCCUUGGAAGCGAGCAUCAGCAGUAUUAAAGCAUGGUUAUUUAUUGUGA